GUGAUAUUAUUGGAGUUAUGCUUAAUAUGAUUGAUGUACAAAAUAUCUAAUUCAACUUUUAAAGGGUUAAUUAUCUUUUUCUAUUAAUGGUGAGAAUCAAGGAAUUGCCUUUGAAUCCAAAGAACUUAAAGAAAUUCCACUUUAUGCUGCCAUUGCUCCUAUCUAUAAAGAAGAUGGUAUCGAAUUGCUUAUGGCUGUCAGAGAAGAUUGAUUCUUAAUUAAAUUAAUCAUUAUUUCUUUAAAAUUCCA